UCUCAUUCUAUCACCAACAUGAAGGCUAUCUUCGUCUUGCUUGCCCUAGUAAUCAGCGUUUGCUUCGCGCGGAAGUGUACAACAACUACCGACUGCGGCUCAGCCAUGAUGACCUGUGUUGAUGGGAACUGUUUUAGAAUAGCAUGUCCGAAGUACAGUCCACCUAUAUUGAAGCCGGGCUGCAAACUAAAGGUCGUUGACAAAGAGGGAUGCCCUAUAUUGAAACAAAUUUGCUAGUGAAUGUCAAGCAGUCAAUAAAUCUUUGCAAUAAAGCC